UAACAUUGAAUCACUUCUUUCGUCGACUCAUAAAGUACAGAAAAUGAAAUGUAUUUAUGAGUCUAUCUACAUCAAUGCAAAUCAUGGCAAUUUCGUCCAGUUUAUGGUCCCCGGAACAGAAUAUAGACAUCAUUGGACUGUUGAGAUGAAUAAUUUGAUAUUAAAGCAAGUUUCUUUUGUGCUUUUUGUACAAGUGUUUGGGAUUUUUUUUUAAUGAAUAAGUCGGACUAUUGUUCUAAAGUGCGUGUUUUGUAUACACAAUUAUGGAAUUGAUAUCAGUUAAUACAACAGCAAAAUGAUAAAGAAUAUAUGCCAAGUUAUUAAAAGCUGGGAUAUCAUAUCAAUUGUUUAGUAUUUCUUAGGAUGUAAGUAGAAGUAAUUGGCAAUUAGUGGAACACAUGCAUCAUUGUUCUUAAUCGUACCGACGCUACUUGCAUGGUAAUUCCAAACGUAGCUUAUCAGCACGUAAGCUAACCAGACUGCCUUAGCUUUCUGACACAAAACAAAGCAUUGUCAUCACGAAAUGCCUCAAAGACAUCUUUGUGAUUUAAAACUAACUUUCCAACAAUUCUAAUCCAUUCACCAAUACAGGAAGUGCUGUCCAGUGGUCGCCUUCCGGACGAGCAGGCCCUCAUGCACCGCCUCUUCAACGAUCAGCAAUAUGACAAUAGCGUGAGGCCCGUCUUCAACUCCUCCGAGAACGUGGAAGUUCAGUUUGGCUUCACGCUCAUACAAGUCAUGGACAUGGACGAGAAAAAUCAGCUGGUUAUCCUAAACGCCUGGUUGGAAAUGAUAUGGCACGACGAACGCAUAUCCUGGCGGAAAGAGGACUACAACGGCCUGGAGGUUGUACGUCUGCCCGCUCGGCUAUUAUGGUUACCAGACAUUGUCCUGUAUAACAAUGCGGACGACUACACGUCUGGUUUCAUGCCGAUCAAUGCCAUGGUCCAUUACGACGGUACGGUCUCCUGGGCGCCACCUGUCCGGCUGAAAAGCUCCUGCAAGGUGGAUAUCACCUACUUCCCAUUUGACCAUCAGGUGUGUAAAUUGAAGUUUGGCAGCUGGACCUACGACAAGGCUCAGGUGGAUAUGGUGAACAAAACUGGAGAUGUGGAAGUGUCAGCGUAUGUCACGAACGGCGAGUGGAUGCUUUCCCGUUACCGCAUCGUCCGUAACGAGGUUGUCUACCCCAUCAGCCCCGCCAUCUACCCAGACGUCACCGUAAUUUUGACGAUACAGCGGCGAAUCCUCUAUUACGUUUUGAAUAUCCUGUUCCCAUGUUUCUGGCUAAAUAUCCUCAGUGUCCUCACAUUCUGUCUGCCUCCGGACGCAGGCGAGAAAAUCACCCUCAGCAUCACGGUUCUGUUGUCAUACUCCGUGUUCAUGCUGCUGGUAGCCGAGUCCAUGCCGCCAACGUCCGAGUUUGUCCCACUUAUAGGUAUCUACUUGACGGUGUCGAUGGCAGUAGCAAGCGUCUCUGUUAUACUGACUGUGGUUGUUCUAAAGCUCCAUCACUGUUCUCCGAACCAGCAGAAGAUUCCGGGCUGGGUUCGCCAUUUUGUCCUCGGCCAUCUUGCCAAGAUCGUCAGGUGCGCAUGCGUCAAAGUGCCAUGCAAACGAAGGGCAACUAUAAAAAAACAGAUUCGUGAAAAAGAAAAUGAGGAGGAAUUAAGGGAAUUACAAACAAAACUACUUAACCAAAUGGAUACCCAGGCUUCGAGAGGUUCCUCAUGUAGCAGUAGUAAAUUUGCCAUCGAGAAUGGAACAAAGACAAGAAUUGGGAGACUUCCACACUCAUCGAAAACUGAUCUCAACGGAAGUAAAGUGAACAUGAACUCCCAGGAUAUCAGUGUGUCAAACAGGAGCUCUCUUCUUGAGGAAGACCUCACUUCGAACUUGAAAAGGGAAGGCUCCCUCGCUACAAUGGAAGAGAUUCUGAGAUGCUUGAAGGUUUUGGUGGUGAAAAGCGACGCCGAAGAUGCUGAAACGGAAGUCGUUGAUGAGUGGAAACAGGUGGCGCUUGUCGUCGACCGACUAUUCUUUUGGAUGUUCAUGUUUAUCACAAUCGUUUCUUCCAUUAUCAUUCUUGUUAUUGUGCCUUCCUUUAAAUUUAUUUCCGAUGAUGGUCUUUGAUUAACAUAUGUGUGAUGAAUGUUUGUCUACGCAAUAACAAUAUUUACAUACUCACACUUAUCAAUAAAUAAAGUAUGUGAGCGUUAACAUAGAAAAUGCAUAAUGUAAAAUGCAAUAGUCCCCGAUUCGGAGACCUUUUACAUACAUACACAUGUCAUACACAUGUCGUAUAGAUCAAGUAUGCAUGUUGAAUUUUUUUCAUAAAUAUAUUUUCUUUCCUGACAGACUGAUGACUUGUCUUCCUGGUCGAUAAAUACUCCUUCUUCUACAGAGAAUAAAUACUAUAUAUAUAUAUAUUAAUAGUUGUGCAAACCUGUAUCCGUUUCAGAUUGAAAACAUGUUUAA